ACAGACUAUAGUAAAAUAAUCCUUUAAAUAGCAAUCUAUGUACCGCUUAUCAUUCAAACAGACAUGUGUUUUUUUUUUGUGCGCUGUCUAAAAUUAGUUGAAGGUCACUGUCUAGUGUCUGUUUGGAGCUCGCGUAUUAUUCGGGCAAGUGCGUCGCGAUACACUCGCGCGGGCGCCGCCAUGGCGCCGGGCUUUAGGCUUUUUUGUUUGUUGCUCAUUUGUGGCACAAUUUUUGUUAAUGUGGAAACGAAAUCUUACAAAUCGUCAAAAUUGACUCAUCAUUCGACGAAUAAACCGUCGAAACCAGAACUUCACCCGUCAACACACCAUUCACCAGUGCAUGAGACAAUAUCAAAACCAGUGAGGCAUGCGGAUGUUCAUGCAACGCAGCCAACAAACAAAAACACAGGAAACCAAGGCCAUGGGUAUCCAAGCGACGGACUGUCAGGAUCAGUGACUAGUGCUCCGCCUGCCAAACGUGGGUAUAACCCAUUGCCUCAGGCAUCUCCAAAACCACUAGCCCAACAGCCAUCGUAUCCUGGUGGCAACGGACUCUCAGGAAGUGGGACCACCCAUAUAAAUAAACAAACAGCACCGCAGUCAACGCUUUAUCCCGGCGGCAGCGGGCUCUCUGGAGAUAAAACCACCCAUAUAAAUAAGCAAACUGCACCGCAGUCUACACUUUAUCCCGGCGGCAGCGGGCUCUCUGGAGAUAAAACCACCCAUAUAAAUAAGCAAACUGCACCGCAGUCUACACUUUAUCCCGGCGGCAGCGGGCUUUCGGGAGAUAAAAUCACCCAUAUAAAUAAGCAAACUGCACCGCAGUCAACACUUUAUCCCGGCGGCAGCGGGCUCUCGGGAGAUAAAACCACCCAUUUAAAUAAGCAAACCGCACCGCAGGCAACACUUUAUCCAGGCGGCAGCGGACUCUCAGGAGGUGGGACCAACAAUAUAAAUAAGCAAACCGCACCGCAGGCAACACUUUAUCCCGGCGGCAACGGACUCUCAGGAGGUGGAACCAACAUUAUAAAUAAGCAAACCGCACCGCAGGCAACACUUUAUCCCGGCGGCAACGGACUCUCAGGAGGUGGGACGAACAAUAUAAAUAAGCAAACCGCACCGCAAGCAACACUUUAUCCCGGCGGCAGUGGACUCUCAGGAGGUCAGACUCCGCCAACAGCGACAAAACCACAUACAUAUCCUAAUACAAAUGGGCAAUCGGGCGGCGGUUUUAAACCAGGCAACAACAAUCCAUUCCCUCCAACGACAAAUGUAGUCCAUAAACCCGUAGAACCCUCGUAUAACCACAUUUACGUCAGAAAUCAUCACACGACCAAUAUUUACCAUAACAACAUUCAUACAACAAACGUACAUCAUUACCACUAUGAGCCGCCUAGACACGUCCAUUAUGUACACAAUGAUAUGGUUCAACACUAUCCGGUGUAUAGAGAAAAACUACCCGAAUACGUGUAUGAGUACAGGUCAUCUAGAAGUCGAUUCAAUGUUCUACUGACGGGCCUGGCUCUAUAUAAUCUUGGACAUGUAUCAAAAAGCCGCGAAUCACUUCAUUAUCAUAAUUAUUACAACCCGAGUCGGUACGAAGUUUGUAAAUUCGGUGUACAAUACAAUGUGAACUCAUAUGACGAGAUGGAUAUUGAUUGCCGUUUGAUUACAGAUUUCAUAAGGAGUGUCAAAAAAACAAAUUAUGGGCAAUUUCUAUUACCUGAUGGUACUUUAGUUGGAUCACAGCCGAAUCAGGUGCAACCAAAUGUGAUCCAAGUUUUACUUUCUGACGGUACGUUGGCUAGGUUAAUUUGGAACCCAAGUUACGACGUUGUCGUGGACGCCUUGGAUCCUCGAUUUAACGGUGAGCCACUACAUGUAAACGAAGGCAUGAAAUGCUACAUGAAGUAUUAUGACGGUUACUCUUUCCCUACGCCUCAGACGAAAUAUGUGAGCUGCAAACUUCUGGAGACAUAUGUCACAAAGUCUUUUAAUUCGGCGAGUAAAAUAGCAUCGUCUCUAUUUGCCAUCUUGAUACCUAUAUUUGUAGCAGCUAUAAAUUUAUAACUGGUGUAUAUGACGAUGAAUUGUUCAAUUUAUCUGGUUUUGAAUUCAGAGUACGAAAAACGUGAAUAAUAACAGUGUUCCAUCGUUAGACCUCCGUCCUAGGCCGUUAAGAGAGUAUUCGCCGGUAGACAUGAUAAAUCGUUUUUGAAACUGCUAUUUCCGCAUUAGUUACUUAUUGCUGCUAAGUCGUUAAGAUUAUUAUUGAUUAGUAAAAGUAUUAAGUUUAAGCAAGUGAACUUACUAUUAUUGUAUAAUAGGUAAAUGAAAUGCCAAUGGAAAAAGCUAUACGAAUAAUAUUAGUUUUUUGCAUUAUUUUAAAAUCAUCAAUUAAUUUUAACUGUGUAGUUCUCAAUUUUAUUUAAAGAUACACAGUUAUAAUGAUAACGUGGUUUGAAUGUAAAAAGUAAAGAUCUCUUUGUCAUAAAAUGACCAGUCAUCGUUUUUUCCCGGGUCUCUUCAAAUACGUUUAAUUACAAUUACUUCACUUAGUAACUCUACAAUACAAUAAGUAUAAAAGUAAUAAUUAGUAACAAGUUUUUACUUGUAACGUAAAUUCGACUAUAUCUGACAAUAUAAAUAGGUACUAAAAGCAACACUAUUUACUGGCCUUUAAUACACCUUACAUGUUGGCAGUAAGGUUUAUGUCAUGUUAACACUAUAUUUUACCUACUGUUUACUCAAUUGUUUGAAAAGUUUUAUCAAUAAACUUGGUUCAAUAACAAGUUACUGAUAUUACAGAAACCUUAUUAUUUUAAAUCUAGUUUAGCAUUUUAAGAAACUAUAUACCUAUAGUAUUUAAGAGUUUGUAUUUUUUUGUGAAAGUGAUAUAUACUUGUGUUUCUUUUUUUUUUGCUUUUUGAACAAUGCAUUUAUUUGGACAUAUUAUAUUAAAUUGUACUUUAUAAGUCUGUAUUUUUAAUUGCAGAUUCUAAAAUACUGAUUGCUUCUAGCAACAUAAACCUUGGUUCUUUAUUGCGCGGAAUUCUGACAUUUCCUGAUGAUACCAUGCAAAAAAUACUCCUUAUAUUUGUAGUGAGAAUUACAAGCCAAAAUAAAAUAAUGGAAAUACA